UGAUGAUCGCCUCAACUUUGUCAAUCUCUUCUUAUGGAGGUUGGGGCUAUCAGAGUAGCGGUCAUGGAGGCUGGGGAAAUUACGGAGGGUAUGGAGGAAAUUAUGGCUACAGCAGCGGUUACGGGGGAAGUCAUGGAGGAAGUGGAAUUCGAGUGAUUCUUACUGGUGGUGGUAGCGGUGGUCAUGGCGGUGGAUACCGAAACUACGGUGGUGGCUCUUAUGGAGGAUCUCACAGUGGUGGUGGUGGUGGCGGCGGUGGCAGUUCUUAUUAUGGAGGAGGAAGCAACAAUCAUAGUGGCAAAAACGACGACGACAACUACGGGAGUAAUAACAACUACUGA